AUCGAUCGGAUCGAGUGAUCAGCCAUGGAUUUAGGCAGCUUUGAACAGUCUUCAGAUGACUUUUUGGCGAACGGAUUCUAUCACCUGUACACCGAGCUGCAGGACGAUAGGGACAUCGCAUUGGCAUUGUCCGAACUGACGUGUCCCGCACUAGAAGCUACGGAAUACCGUGGAGAGGAUCAAGCGUGUCCAGUACCAAUAGACUCAACAGCAUCAACGAACACCCGAGAACUUAUACACUCUCUCGACGAUGCAGGAGACCUCGAGCUGGAACUGAACGUGGAGGACUUCAUUUUGGAAUACAACUGCGUUAACUUUAGUCAGCUGUGGGAGAACGAGUUACGAUUGCCAGAAAACACUUACCUGUGUGACGAUUCCUGUGAAGCGUUCAUACGACAGUCGAACCCUACGGAAAGGGCCACCAUAAGUGCUAACAAAUUGUCACCCAACGCACCGGAAGUAUCACAAACGGUUCCAGCAACUGUUCAAAGUGUCCACAGACCGAGUGACUCAUCCGAACCUGACUCAUCCGGAACGUUUGUCUGUCCGUUUGAAAGCUGUCGCAAGGUGUACGCAAAGCCGGUACAUCUCAAAGCACAUCUGCGACGGCAUGUGGGCGAUAAACCGUACCACUGCAAGUGGCCUGGCUGUCAGUGGAGAUUUUCACGCUCGGACGAACUGUCACGCCACUUCCGGUCACACUCGGGUGUAAAGCCGUACCGGUGUGAGUACUGUCCGAAAUGUUUCUCCCGCUCGGACCAUCUGGCUAAGCAUCGGAAGGUGCACGAACGGAAGAUGAGUGGGGCAUCUGUUUCGGUGGAGAAAUUGAAAGGAUCCGAUGCCAUAGUUUGUGCGGCACCGACAAGGGGACGGCCUGGUCGGAAGCCCAAACAGACAGUGACGAAGCGAUCGUAA